AUGUUACAAAGUCAAAAUGGAUUAGUACCGUUUAAUACAGUUCAAGGAAUAGCUUCGACAAAUGUUCAUGCAUAUUCUAAUGGUGAUGAUGAUUUUUUUUCCGUUGAACAUCAUUAUUUACAUGGAAUAUUUAUGGGUUUUAAAUGGCAAUGUGUUGAAUUUGCUCGUCGGUGGUUAUUAAUGCGUAAAAGUUGUAUAUUUCCACCAAUACCAUGUGCUGCUGAUAUGUGGAAUGAUUUAAAAUAUGUUGAAUGUGUUACUGAUGGGAAAAAAUUUCCAUUGAAAUUUUAUGCAAAUGGUUCACCACAUAAACCUACACGCAAUUCAAUAUUAAUUUAUCCACGUGCUGAUGAAUUACCAUUUGGUCAUGUUGCUAUAAUAUGCGAUAUUGUACCUGAUUUUAUUCGUAUAGCUGAACAAAAUUAUAUCUAUCAUAGUUGGUCAGAUGAUUAUGCACGUGAAAUUCCUUUAGUUAUUAAAGAUGAUUGUUAUUAUAUUCAAGAUGAAGACAAUAUAUGUGGUUGGAUAGAAAUUGAUGAUAAUAAUGAAUUACAACCAUUAGAUGAAACAAAACUUGAUUUAAUAUUAAAAGAAUAUCAAGCAGCUAAACCAUUUGGUACAUUAAAACGUUUAUCGAAAACAGAUAAAGCUUUUCAUUCAUAUGAACAUUGGUUAGAUGAAAAUAAUCCAGCAGAAAAAUAUUUUAUGUCAUUAUACGGACCAAAUUUAAUACGAGCUGACACGGAUACAUUACCAUAUUAUAAAGUUGAUCAAGCUUUAGCAUUAUCUAUAGGUAGUACAUCAAAUGAAUUACAUCAAAUGUUUCUUGAUGCAACAAAUUAUGUCCUUGAAAAUGAUGAUGUAUUGAAACAUUUUUGUAUUCCAGAAAUAUUUUGGUCAAAAAUUCGUCGAUCAUGGUCAAAUGAAAAAGAUUUUAUAAUGACUGGACGUUUUGAUUUAGCAUUUGAUGGUAAAGAAUUAAAAGUAUUUGAAUAUAAUGCUGAUAGUGCAUCAGCAUUAUUUGAAAUAGCAGUUAUACAAGAAAAAUGGGGACAAGCUGUUAAACUUGAACAUCCACAUAUGUCAGGAUUUCAAAUAAAUCGUUUAUUAGUAAAAAAUUGGAAACAAAUUUGUACAAAAUUAAAUAUCAAACGUAUUCAUUUAUUAAUUGAUAAUGAUCAAGAUGAAAUAUUAACAUCAUUAUACAUGCAAGAAGUUUUAAAACAAGCUAAUAUUGAUUCAAAAUUAUGUAUUUUAUAUGAUGAUUUAUAUUGGAAAGAUUCGAAAAUAGUUGAUAGUGAUGGUAAUCAAGUUGAAUUAAUAUGGAAAACUUGGAUGUGGGAAAGUGUUUUUAGUGAUUAUGCAGAUGCAGAAAAAACGGGAAAAUUAAAUCAAAAAAUCAAUGGUGAACAUCCACGUUUAUGUGAAAUUUUAUUAAAUGAUGAUAUACAUAUUAUUGAACCAUUAUGGAAAGUAAUACCAAGUAAUAAAGCAAUAUUACCUGUUUUAUGGUCAAUGUUUCCUAAUCAUCCAAAUUUAUUAUGUAGUGAAUGGACAUUAACAGAUGAUUUAAAACGAAGUGGUUAUGUUAAAAAACCAAUUGUUGGUCGUUGCGGACAUAAUGUUACAUUAUAUGAUACUAAUGGAGAGUCUGUUCUUGAUGAAACACAAGGAAAAUUUACGGAUAGAAAUUGUAUUUAUCAAAAAAUAUUUUCCUUACCUAAACAUGAUGAUUAUUAUGCUAUAUUUGGUAGUUGGAUUAUUCAUGGAUUAUUUGCUGGAUUUGGUAUACGUGAAGAUAAAAGAUUAAUUACAGAUGCUGACAGUCCAGUGACAGCAUGUUGUAUAGCAUGGAAAUAA